AGAAAAUUUCGGGGUUUUAAGCAAUCUGUUAGAAAUAUUGAAGAAAAUUGAAUGAAAUAUGUAUUACAAUGAUCUUCUCCCACAUCGAGGGAAAGAUUGAAACAAAAAGCCCAUUUUCACCAUAAUUUUGAGUUUUUUUGCCGCUGCUGAUUGUUGAUGAAUAGCGUUUUCUUGAAUCAGCUGUUGAUAUCUUGGGUACGAGACAAACAAAGCAUGGCUGAAUACACGGAAUUGAAAAAAUAACACAGUUGUACAAGGAUUUGUAACGCUGAGUGGACCUUUGGUGUCAUUUUCGACAUUUUAGUAACUUCGUAUUUGAGAUAAAGGAAGUUUGCCCUUGAUUUCAAAGAUGGAGAAAUGCUGGCAUUCUUGUACAUGUGAAAGAUUUACGAGAGCAACAAGGCCCACAAAGUUUACAACAUCAUAUAGAAUAACAAAAUCACAGAUUCUCCGAAUCCUGGUAGUAAUGGUGAUGAUUACAAAUGGUGUACAUGGAAAUGACAAAUGCUUUUGUAAGCUAAAGGGUCAACUGGAAGAUUGUUGCUGCUCCGUUGAGACUGUAGACAGCUUAAACAAUGCAAUGAUUUUCCCAAGAAUUUCUUCACUGUUGUCUAGUUUCAGUUACUUUAAAUAUUUUAAGGUGAAUCUGAAAAAGGGCUGCCCAUUUUGGCCAGAUGAUAGCCGUUGUGCAAUUAAAGACUGUGCUGUUGAUUUUUGCUCAGAAGAUGAAAUCCCAAUCGGCAUUACAAAAUCUAGGGUGCAGGAAAAGACAAUACAAAGUACUGGAAACAAAGUUGAGUUCCUGGAAAAUGACGAUAAUAAUGGAAAGUGUGCAGUUGGAGACCUGGAAAAUCUAGGGAACAUCAAUUCUGCUAUCAGUGAUGAACAACUGGGAAAUUUUGAGCAAUGGAAUGAGCAUGAUGACACAGAGGAUAAAUUUUGCGACAUUGAUGAUGAGCAAAGCCCAGAUAUGACGUACGUUGAUCUGACAUUGAAUCCGGAAAGGUACACGGGGUAUACAGGCUCCUCUGCCAAAAGAAUCUGGGAUAGCAUAUACAAGGAAAAUUGCUUUCAACCGCAAAAGCAAAAGUUGAGCUAUGCAAACCCAAAGAAAAGUAGUAUUGAAAGCAUGUGUUUGGAACGGAGAAUAUUUUACAGAGUAGUGUCUGGAAUGCAUGCCAGCAUCAAUAUUCAUCUAAGUUACAACUUCCUAUUAUCAGGCUCAAUGUACGGCAAAAAGGUAUGGGGUCCAAAUGUUAACGAGUUCCGGAAAAGAUUUGACCCUGACAAAACCAAAGGGCAAGGGCCAGUCUGGCUGAAGAACCUAUACACAACAUAUUUGCUGGUUCUACGGGCGGUCACAAAAGCCAAACCAUACUGGGAAAAAGAAACAUUCUACACUGGAAAUGCAGAAGAAGAUAAACGUCUCAAGGAUCUGGUGCUUGAUAUUUUAAAGUCAGCAAUGACAUGCCCAAGAACAUUCGACGAGACAUUAAUGUUUUCUGGCGAUCCACUAAAAGCAAGAAAUCUGAAGGAGGAAUUCAGAUCUCACUUCUAUAAUAUCACCCGAAUUAUGGAUUGCGUCGGAUGCGACAAAUGCAGAUUGUGGGGUAAACUCCAGACGCAAGGACUUGGCACAGCACUGAAAAUAUUAUUCAGCUCAGAUAACUGGGAAACCAUACCAGUCAUAAAAGGGAAGAAAUUCAAGCUAACAAGAGCUGAAAUCGUUUCUUUAUUCAAUGCGCUUGGAAGGUUUUCAAGCAGUGUACAUGCACUCAGUAAAUUCAGAGAGAUGAAGUAAUUCUGGUUGUCACAGUGUAAAAAAAACCACGAAAAAGGAUCAGACAUGCACAGCUGCCGUUACUUGCUUUGGAACCAGUAUGCCUGUCAAUUUACAUUUUAUUCUGUUUUCACGCGACCGUUCAAGUUCUGUUUAAAAUGAAUUUUAUUAUUUAUCUGGUACCUUUGUUUAAUAGUUUAAUAGAUUUUUAAGCUAUUUGCUGAGAAAUAACGAAGAUUGAAUUAUUAUUAAAAGCAAUUAAUAGUUAUUGACAAUGUUUCUGUUAAAAAUAGUAAUAUACCAGGUACCAUAAUUCUCAUAUAAACCAGCACAGUAUUAUACACAUUCUACUAAUGCUUUGGAAAUUUCAAAUGGUUUACACAAAGCUCAUAAUUCGUGAGCAAAGCGCUGAAUACAAAAUUUUAAUAAUCUAGACACUCGGGAGUUAUAUCGCAAGCAUACUUUUAUGGUUGAUAUUCAUCUAUAAGAUUUAAAUUAAAUUUUGAAAUUGUUUGCUUUUGGAAUGUUGAAAUGUUGCGAUAAUCGGUCAUUUUCCAGCUCUGCUAAGGAUUUCAGUUUAAUAAAAUGCUUAAAACAAGAAAUAUAGGACCGUUUUUCCUAACAAAGUUUUAAAAUCCAAAGGAAACAAAACUCUAGAAAAUCACGUGGAGAAAAUGGCGUUUCUCCAAUCCAAUUGACUUUAUUGUGGUUUGUUAAUACCAUAAAAAGUAAAGUUUAUCAAAAUAAUGAAUUGAAAAAUGAUUCUAUCAACCUUUCAAAAGAACUGUAAAGUUGAUAUCUCAAAUAAUGAUCGUACCCCCAAACAAUGACCGUAACUCCUGACACAAAUCACCCUGCAUAUGGAAUUCAACUAACACACUGCUGUUGAGCUGGAUUGGAGCAAAUUAUGUAGUCAGAAUUUUAAUAUAAUUUUUGUCUGGUACAUUUAAUUUUAGAAAUCUGUGUUUUCUCGAAUUUGCUCCGAUACCUAUGCUAAAGCAGUAGUGGGUUGAUGGGGAUGGUAUCUUGACAUUAUCAAUUUCCGUUUACUUUUAUGUACUUAGCUGAUUAAUGUUUUCAUGUAACUACAAAUUUCUUAGCUUUUGUUGAUAUUCUUUAAAAAUAAGUGAACUACUAAACUCCAUAUAUAAAGUAAAACACUAGUGCUGCUCGAAACUAUCUUAAUACACAUCACUGUCCAAUGAAAGCUUAUCUUGAUAUGA